AUGGUUGGAAAGAGAUCUCUCACCAAUGUCUUCAAACCCGAUUCGCCCCCUAACGGAGAUAUUGAACACGGUCUGCAAAAACCAAAGUUUGCCAGAUUCAGGGAUGUUGUCGAUAUGGUUACUGCUCAAAAUCAGAGGAAGAAGAUCAAAAACCAGCUGACUGAAGGCGUUGACCGUAUGCAAUUAGAAAAGUACCGCAAGAGCGAUGAGGACCUGAAGGGCAUCAAGAGUAAGAGAGUCCGAAACUUUUACAAAAGCCAGAACGAACGUUUAGAUGCCUGGCUCGAGGUGGAUACCCUUGUCAUGACUAUGGCCGAAGACAUCCUUGAGAGCAUGAAUCCAGAUCGUGACCGCGAUGGCAUUCCGGAGCAAGAUGGUGCUCUUCAGGGGGUCGGGGGACGUCUUCAAGAACUACUACCAAAAGAGGCCAGAGAAGAACGUCUUCAAGGCGAAAAGCAUGCAAAAUGGGCGAUAAAUGUCAAUGUCAUUGCGAACAUACUUCUUCUGGCUGCCAAGUGCAUGGCUGCAUCCUAUUCUUCCUCACUAUCUCUCAUCGCAUCCCUGAUCGACUCGGCGUUAGACUUGCUUUGCACAGUGAUCGUGUGGACCACGAACAGGCUCGUCCAAUGGCAAAUCAGUCGUCUCAGUCGACAGUUUCCUGUUGGGCGUCGACGACUCGAACCGAUUGGUAUCCUUGUCUUCUCCGUCAUCAUGGUGAUUGCAUUCGUGCAAGUCCUUCAGGAGUCCGUGGAGAAAUUGCUGCCAGGUGGCGAGAAAAAGGCUGCUGCGCUGCCUCUGAUAGCCGUUGGCGCAAUGGGUGGAACAGUGAUUGUGAAAGGUAUUAUAUGGUUUGGAUGCAUUCGAAUCAAGACCACGCAGGUGCAGGCCCUAGCUCAAGAUUGUAAGACGGAUGUUGUUUUCAACACUCUUUCUCUUCUAUUCCCACUGCUCGGUCACAGGCUCAACGUAUGGUGGCUGGAUCCAGUGGGCGCUGCUAUACUUUCUCUCUUCAUUAUCUACGAUUGGACUGCGACGUCCUUCGAAAAUGUUACUCGACUUUCCGGAUCAGCAGUGUCAAAAGCAAUCCAGCAAAAGUUCACCUUCCUUGCUUAUCGUUUCGCACCUGUGGUAGACGGAAUCAAGUCUAUCACAGCUUAUCAUGCGGGAGAUAAAGCGUGGGUUGAGUACGACAUACUUCUACCAGAGAAAAUGCCAUUAGCAUCGGCGCAUGACAUUGCGGAAACUUUGCAGUAUUGCUGCGAAGGUCUUGAUGAAGUCGAUCGGGCAUUCGUAACGACCGAUUAUGCAUCCCACGGACCAACAGGACAUGCAACUGAUCACCUAGGCAUUGGAAAUUAA